AUGGAUCCACCGUCCGAUCGAAAGGCCAGGCGGAGUUUGAAUUGCAAACUCCCAACCAAAAAACGAUGUCGAAAUUCGCUCCUCAUCGACACUCGUCGACUAAUCCUCGCGCUACGUCCAGUACGAUCUGUCAGAAAUGUUUGGGACAUGGCCACUACACGUAUGAAUGCAAGAGCACUCGACCCUACAUUAGUAGACCAUCACGAACACAACAACUUGAAAAUGUCAAGAACCUAGAAAAGCUCAAGGCCGGUAGUGAACCCUCGGUAGAAGUUCCGGGAGAGUUCAAAAACAAGGCUGGAGUCGCAAAUCGAAUAUUGGAGACGAGAGAGAAAGAGAGAGGGCAAGUUAUCACUGAAGCGAAAGGAAAGAGCAAAGAGGUCCGCAAGAGACAUCGGUCGGUGGAUGAAUCAGAUAGCAGCUCUGACUCCGAGUCAGACUCAGGAUCCGACAGCGAAAGUUCCGAUUCUUCAAGCUCAGGUUCCGAUUCAGCUUCUUCAGAGCGUUCUCGGAAACGACGACGUACAAGGAAAAGAAGAAGUAAUUCGCGGUCACGGUCGUCAGAUGAUUCCGAAUGA